GAGAACUUCUGCAUUCUGGAUGAGCAGAGGUUUGCCAAGGAGCUGCUCCCCAAGUAUUUCAAACACAACAACAUCUCCAGCUUCAUACGACAGCUUAACAUGUAUGGUUUCAGGAAGGUGAUUGCUCUGGAGAAUGGUAUGAUGACAGUAGAGAAGAGCUCAGUCAUUGAGUUCCAGCACCCCUUCUUCAAGCAAGGAAAGGCACAUUUACUGGAAAACAUCAAGCGCAAGGUCUCUGCAGUAAGAACUGAGGAUCUCAAGGUCUGUACGGAGGAUUUGCACAAAGUACUCUCUGAAGUCCAGGAGAUGAGAGAACAGCAGAACAACAUGGAUGUCAGACUGGCGAACAUGAAGAGAGAAAAUAAGGCCCUGUGGAAAGAAGUGGCAGUUCUAAGGCAGAAGCACAGUCAACAACAGAAGCUGCUGUCUAAGAUUCUUCAAUUUAUACUAAGUUUGAUGCGAGGAAAUUAUAUUGUUGGGGUCAAAAGAAAAAGGUCUCUGACGGACGCCGCGGGUGCCUCCCCGUCCAAGUACAGUCGUCAGUACGUUCGCAUCCCGGUGGAGAGCAGCCAAGCUGUGGCUUUUUCUGAACAUGAUGCAGAUGAUGAGGAUGGAAAUGGAACAGGUCUCAUAAUUCGGGAUAUCACAGACACCCUGGAAAAUGCCCCCGAUAGCCUCCUUGCUGUGGCACACACCAGUGGCAGAACCAGAGAGACACAGGCAGCUCUGGAUCCUGGCUUACCUAUCUGUCAAGUCUUGCAGCCAAAUGAGUUAAAUUGUGCAGAACCUAUCCCAUCAGUUCAUGUAAAUGAAGUCAGCAAAUCCAGUGACAGGGGAAAUGCUGCAGUGGAACUCCAUUCCACACAGCAGAGUUCCCCAGAAGACCCCGUGUCAGUGAUUGACUCCAUCUUGAAUGAGAACAACUCUGGAAACCAAAGUGAUCCAUUACUGGACAGAGAAGAAAUUCAGGAUUUUCUUAAUUGCAUUGAUGCCAGCCUUGAAGAGCUUCAAGCAAUGUUAUCUGGGAAGCAGUAUAACUUUGGUUCCGAAGCCUUCAGCGAUACACUUAAUCCUGAGCUGCCAGCCCUGGAUAUGAGCUUGAUGGAAACUUCUCCUGGUAUGGAAAAUAUGGCAGACUUGGCAGAGGGCACUGAAGAUCUGGGAGCGAGCGAGAGAGAAACAGCAGGAAGCAAAGAUAUGCAGCUGAUACAGUACAGGGCCAAUCCUCUGCUUUCAUUGUUUGAAGAGCUACCUUCAAGUGAAGCUGCAGGGAAGACAGACGAUCCCAAAGACCUUCUGCUGCCCCCUGCGGACGAGAAACCUGCUCUUCACCCUCCGUCAGGUAGUGGAACUGUCUUGCCGUUGGCAGCUCCGGCAAGCCAGGCUGAGCCUCUGGAUGCACUGGGAAUGGGUGAUCCACCUCUACUCUCAGAAGAUGGGAAUGGAGAGUAUAAACUGUUUCCACUCUUGCUUCUCAGUCCUGUUGCUAACUUCAUAGAAGAGGCCUCUGAGAUAGAAACUUCUUGA